GGUGCACAACAUCCGACGCACAGCACAGCACUCUGCAGGCAGUCAUACGCUACUCUUCCGGCUGACAUGACACUCAGCCGCCCCGCUGGACCACGCAUCACGGCAGACGAGCUUCGAGGCCAGGGCUGAACCGGCGUUGAAACGGCGAUAUGCCCAAGCUCCCCAACCCGCUGCUGAAGCGCAAGUCUUCAUCACCUUUCACAUCUGCCCAGCGCACCAAACCUGGUUUGCGCAAGAACAGCACAGUGUCCGACGCUGAACGGCUGGAAGAUGUCGGAAUCAUCCCUCGCCUGCCCACCGUUUCGCGGCAAGAUGUCACAUCUCUCAUCCGCCAUGCCCUCAAUAACGCCUUCGAAGACAUCCCGGAACGAGCUGCCGGGAUGAACAGCCAGCAGAUAGCGGACACUCUCCAAGCUCGAGCUCGAAUACCGCCCAUCGUCAGCAUAGCGCACUUGCAUGCACUUAGCACCUCGACCACGGCGACUGAACGAGAGCUGGCACGUUUGGUGGCGGAAGGAAAGGUCAGAAAGGUCACAAUACCCGGUCGCGGCAAGGGAGGGACUGCUAUUGGCGAGGGCGUGGCACUGGUAGAGGACUGGGUCGAGCGAGUUAUGCGGGACGACGUUGCCUUGUCGAAGGAGCUGAAAGAGCAAUAUGUUUCCCUGAUGCGCGAGCAUCCUGUGUCUCAGACAGUGCCUGUGAUCAAGAUUGACCAGGCCGAUAUCAAGAGUCUCGUACAAGCUGGUUUUCUCACGAAUCCUGCAGCUUUGUCGUCCACAGUCGGUAAUGUCUUCGCUCGUCCCACAGGAGGCGCAGCUGGGUCAAUAGCCACGGCAGGUCAUACAGCAGUGACCGGCACCUUUGCUGCUGUCGGUGGGUACGGUGCGAUACACGAUUCUGGUGGCGGAGGUAGCACGCUUGCCACACAGCACAACCGGACUCAUAACAAUAAGGUCCAACCUACCAUGACUUUCAGCCUACCCGGGACAGGCUCAUACCUCAAAAUGCUGACCGAGGCUCGACAACAUUUGCUCUUCCUAUUGAAACAGCUAAGUCCGAAAUUCCGGGAAGCUACCAAGGACCUCUUGGAGGAGAAGUGGAAUGGAAAUGUUCUUGGUGACGAGGUGUCGAAGGCAAAAAGGAUGAGAGGCGAAUGGAGUGGAGUACUACCCGGGCAGACGAGACGAUGGAAACAGUUUCAUGGGCUGGAGUUCGAUUGGAUACUUGCUGAAUGCCUUGGAAGCGGACUUGUGGAGCUUUUUGACACAGGCAGUGUUGGCAUGGGUGUGAGGGCCAUAUAACAUCAUCAGCUUCCAGGCACUCUCGAGUCGGCACGCCGAAUGUUACGGGCGAUACUAAGAACAUAUCCUGGAAAGCAGAAGCAGAAGUAACGCGAACCAUCACAACGCUAUUGCCGUCCUGCCGUCUCGUUGGCGCUCGUAGCCGGCAUUAUCCGCCAUAAAUGCAUAGAAGCGACUGCAUCAAUGCCACCACAGCCGAACCGCCUUUACAUCAUGCUGACAUGAAGUCAAGUACCAGAGAGCGGAAGCCAGAUCGAACUGCGACAGCAAGUCAGAAGCUGGUACUUUGAUUGUGGGAGGGGAUCGAUUUCAUAAAGGUCAGCGCUCAUCGUGAUGCCUGUCAACGCGAGAUUGAUACAAUGGCUAACAAGCCGCAUCUCGCAAGAGAUUUACUCGAGGCAUAUGGGAUAGAUACAUGUAGCACUGCAAUGCCAAUGCCAAUGGUGAAGCCGCCAGCUUCGGAAAACUUGCUGCCUCGGCACAGCCA